CCGCCUGCCUCAGUAGUCAUGAGUUCAAGGAGCGUAGGGUAAAGACUCAACCCUAAGUCAUGCAGGAGUUCUCUCUGUGUUUCGUGGCAGCCUUGAAGGGGCAGUUUGGGCAGAGCCCGACUCAGCAGCCUCAGCCUCGCGUGCUCAAAAGGAGAGCCGCAUGGAUGUGAGGGUGAAAUGAGAGCUGCUGGAGCUGGGAUUUAACUCCGGAGGAGGCGGACGGCUCCGGAGCCGGGAUGACUCAGUACGUGAGAGUCUCUUCAGUGGCCUGUUGCGUCUGCCCCAUCUAGGAGCAGCCUUGUCAGAGAGCAGCCUUCUCAGAUGCCUCUUACCGCUGCGCUGAUGAUCGGAUGCGUGCGUGCGCGGCAGGGCUGAAGCAGAAGUGAAUGUGGGAUGCGGAGCGGUGGCUUCCCAGGAGCGGAGCUGGCUGGUGUUGCACCGAGGCUGAAGAUACCUGCUGCGCUGGUGAUGUUCAGCCCAUCCUCUGCUGUGACCCCGUGCACCUCCCCACGGGUGCCCCAGAGCGUCCCCAUGGACCUGCGCAUCGGGCAGCGCGUCGUCAAGCCUGGCUCUGACACCACUUUGCUGGCCCUCAAGCACACGCAGCAGCUCCAGCACCAGCUCUUCCUCGCCAGCCUGCACCAGCAGCAAGUGGAGCAGCUCGCCCACCAGCACGUCAGGGUGACCAUGGAGUCCCCACACCGUGAAGCUGAGCCUGGGCAGCAGGAGCAGGAGCUGCGGCAGAUCCUCAACAAGGACAAGAGCAAGAGAAGUGCCGUGGCCAGCACAGUGGUGAAGCAGAAGCUGGCUGAGGUCAUCCUGAAGAAGCAGCAGGCAGCUUUGGAGAGGACCAGCAACCCCAACCCUUCAGCCAUGCCUUACAGGUCUCUGGAGCCUCUGGAUCCUGAGGGCCCGUCCCCUCCUGUGCUCAGCACCUUCCUGCCCCCUGUUCCCAGCACUUCCCUCGACCCCCCCGAGCAUUUCCCACUGCGGAAGACAGCAUCUGAGCCCAACCUGAAGGUGCGGUGCAAGCCCAGGAAGUGCCUUGACAGACGCAAGAACCCCCUGACGCGGAAGGAGAGCGCUCCCCCGUCGCUCAAGAGGCGGCCACCCGAGGCCAUCGACUCCUCCCCGAGCAGUAGCAGCACCCCCGUGUCCGGUUGCAGCUCUCCCAACGACAGCCUCCCCGCCGAGCACGGAGCCCUCCCCGCUGCCUCCAGCAUGGCCCACGAGACACCCCUGGCCCAGCGCCUGAUGAUGCAGGAGAGCUCACUGGCCCAGUUUGCCCUGCAGAGCGCAGCCUCCCUUCCGGCCAUCACGCUGGGGUUGCCGGCCACCACUAGUGCCAGGGGAGAGGCAGAUCGCCGGCCCCUCUCCAGCCUGGCCCACCGGGUGCCCGUGUUGAAUGGACCUGUCCUGGCGGGCACACACUCGCCCGUGUUCAUCCCAGCUGGUUUGGAGCAGCACGAAGCUGGGAGCCCCUUGUCCUCUCGGCUCCAGCCCGUCAUCAUCCUCGAGCCCUCGGUCACCCACACUCCACUGGUGGCAGUGCCAGGCCUGGGGACCGUCCCCUUCUCCUUCACCCCCUCGCUCAUCUCUGCAGAGCGCCUGUCGCUCCCAGGCCACCAUAAACCACUGGGCAGGACCCGCUCGGAGCCCCUGCCCCAGAACCCCAAGGCCAUCCAGCAGCAGCUGGUGUACCAGCAGCAUCACACCCACUUCCUGGAGAGGCUCAAGCAGCAGACGCAUCUGGGCAAGCGCAUGGCUAAAUCCAGCGAGAAGCCCCGGCUGCGGCAGAUCCCCUCCUCGGAGGACAUGGAGGCCGAGGGGACGCUGCCAGAGGCUGAGAGCAGUGACCCAGCAAGGACACGUGUGGAGCCACCACGGCCCGGGAGCAGUGGGAAGGAGCCUGAGAGGACACAGAAGAUGAUGCAGCCUCAAGAGGAGCUCGUCCUCCAGCAGCAGGCCUAUCUGUGGGAUUCCUACCAGCGUGUGCAGCAGCAGCUCCUCAAGCGCCAGCCCUCGGCUGACACCCCCAUGGUCCCCACCAUCCACACGGGGCACAGACCCCUCUCCAGGGCCCAGUCAUCUCCUGCCACCGCCACCAUCUCCCUUCCUGCCCAGGACACGGCCUCCAAGGCGCUGUCCCUGCCCGUGCAGGAGCAGCCCCCCAAGCCCCACUUCACAACAGGGCUGGUUUAUGACUCGGUGAUGCUCAAACACCAGUGUUCCUGUGGAGACAACAGCAACCACCCCGAGCACGCGGGCAGGAUCCAGAGCAUCUGGUCCCGUCUGCAGGAGAGGGGCCUGCGCAGCCAGUGCGAGUGCCUGCGGGGCCGCAAGGCCACGCUGGAGGAGCUGCAGUGCGUCCACAGCGAGCGCCACGUCUUCCUCUACGGCACCAACCCCCUCAACCGCCUCAAGCUGGACAACGGGAAGCUGGCCGGGAUCCUGUCCCAGCGGAUGUUUGUCAUGCUGCCCUGCGGAGGGGUUGGGGUGGACAGUGACACCAUCUGGAACGAGCUGCAUUCCUCCAACGCUGCCCGCUGGGCUGCAGGCAGUGUCACCGAGCUGGCCUUCAAGGUGGCCACCAGGGAGCUGAAGAAUGGCUUUGCUGUGGUGAGGCCACCAGGACAUCACGCGGAUCCUUCCACUGCCAUGGGAUUCUGCUUCUUCAACUCAGUGGCCAUUGCUGCGAGGCAGCUGCAGCAGAAAGGGAAGCUCAGCAAGAUCCUCAUUGUGGACUGGGAUGUUCACCACGGCAACGGGACCCAGCAGAUCUUCUACAGGGACCCCGACGUUCUCUACAUCUCUUUGCAUCGUCACGAUGACGGCAACUUCUUCCCCGGUAGCGGGGCUGCUGAUGAGGUUGGUGCUGGCCCUGGUGAGGGAUUUAACGUCAACGUGGCCUGGACUGGGGGGCUCGACCCCCCUAUGGGUGACCCUGAGUAUCUGGCUGCUUUCAGGACCGUGGUGAUGCCGAUUGCACACGAGUUCUCACCCGAUGUGGUGCUGGUCUCUGCUGGCUUCGACGCAGCCGAUGGCCACCCACCCCCCCUGGGUGGCUACAAAGUCUCUGCUAAAUGUUUUGGCUACAUGACAAAGCAGCUGAUGAGCCUGGCUGGCGGAGCCAUCGUCCUCGCUCUAGAAGGUGGCCAUGACCUCACAGCCAUCUGCGAUGCAUCCGAGGCCUGUGUGUCAGCCUUGCUGGGCAACGAGCUGGACCCUCUCCCAGAAGAAAGCAUGAGGCAGAAACCCAACCCCAACGCUGUGCGCUCCUUGGAAGCGGUGCUGCAGGUCCAGAGUAAAUACUGGGUGGCUCUGCAGCGCUUUGCCUCCAAGCUGGGCUGCUCCUUCCUGGAGGCGCAGCACCACGAGGCAGAAGAGGUGGAGACAGUCACAGCCUUGGCUUCCCUCUCAGUGGCCGUGAUGGUGGAGAAGAGGCCCCAGGACGAGCCCAUGGAGGAGGAAGAGCCCAUGAACCAGUGAUGAGCGGUGACGUUCUCUGCUCCCCUGCUUCCAGGACGUGGCUGGACUCUCCUGAGCCCAAGCGCUCGCCCUUCACUCCUGGCUUCCCGGCCUCCACAUCCUCCUCCUCGCCCCCCCCCCCCCCCUCCCCCGAGUCCUGGCCCCCAAUGGCCUGGACCUUUGGCUGCAGAGCCCCAUCGAGGAUGCUCCUGCAGCCACCUGGAAGACGUCCUCGUGCUCAGGACCGCUGGAGAACCCCUGACUCCCUGUGCCCGGCGCGGCCUUGCAGACAUAGACCUGCAAACAGCCCCCAGCCCUUGGGACCUGAC